AUGUCUCACCUCAAAAGCCAGCCAAUACCUUCACCAACUUGCCCACGCUUAUUGAAUAAAACAGUAACUACUUUGUUUCCACGACUACCUAUUUUGAACUACCAGGUAACACAUGUAGAACUGAAUAAUAUUCCACCUAUAACACUGCAAGAACUGAUGGAAGCUUGUCAUCGCGUUGGUAUUAGAAAAAAACCACCAGAUGAACAAUCAUCCUACCGUCCAAUAUGCAUGCUGGAUACAGCGGGUAAAAUUUUUGAAACAAUAAUUCACCAAAGAAUAGAUGCAAUAGUUGACCAAAUCCUAGCAGACAAUCAGUAUGGUUUUCGCAAAGGGCGAUCAACUAUCAAUGAUACAAACUUGCUAGUUAAUACCGCCAAGGAGGGAAUUGCUGGAACCAGAUGGAAGGGGGAACACGCAGAUGAGCAUAAUAGAGAGCUGAUGGAGAGAAUAACCGAAGCUUGUGAUAUCAGUAUGACUCGUAAGCAUGGCAUAAAUCAAAGACAAUCUGUGCACUGA